UAAAGGGAGCGGGGAAGGCGGGAGACAGCGCAGUUUGAAUCGCGGUGCGACGGAGUAGCUGCCGGGAUCUCGCUGGGUGUUUGACUAGCCCUUUCUCUGCCUUGCUUGUUUGAGCUUCAGCAGAAUUCGAAAUGGCUGGCGGUAAGGCUGGGAAGGACUCCGGAAAGGCCAAGACAAAGGCGGUUUCCCGCUCGCAGAGAGCCGGCUUGCAGGUCAGUAGUUGUUUGUGCAGCCUUGGAGUCGUGGCGUUUUUCUUUGCCGUCCUUUCUUGUUUAUCAUCGCUCUUGACUGGCGUUUGGUCUUUUCGUGGGCGACGCGGUGUCGCGACUUGGGUUGUCGAUAACGAUAAAUGUCGGGAAGGGGAGGAGAUCACGUGUGUUGAUACUGGAGCGUGUUGCUGCACCAGCGUCGCCCAUGCUCCUUGCUUUGGCGCGCGUAUGAUUUUCCUAUCUUUGACUUAUAUGUUUGUGCAUUUAUGUUUAUGUGUGCUUAAAAUUAAGUUUCCGGUGGGCCGUAUUCAUCGACACCUGAAAUCUAGGACGACCAGCCAUGGACGUGUGGGCGCCACUGCCGCUGUGUACAGCGCAGCCAUCCUGGAGUACCUCACCGCAGAGGUACUUGAACUGGCAGGAAAUGCAUCAAAAGACUUAAAGGUGAAGCGUAUUACCCCUCGUCACUUGCAACUUGCUAUUCGAGGAGAUGAAGAAUUGGACUCUCUUAUCAAGGCUACAAUUGCUGGUGGUGGCGUCAUUCCCCACAUCCACAAAUCUCUGAUUGGGAAGAAAGGACAACAGAAGACUGUCUAAAGGAUGCCUGGAUUCCUUAUUAUCUCAGGACUCUAAAUACUCUAACAGCUGUCCAGUGUUGGUGAUUCCAGUGGACUGUAUCUCUGUGACAAACACAAUUUUGCCUUUUUGUAAUUCUAUUUGAGCAAGUUGGAAGUUUAAUUAGCUUUCCAACCAACCAAAUUUCUGCAUUCGAGUCUUAACCAUAUUUAAGUGUUACUGUGGCUUCAAAGAAGCUAUUGAUUCUGAAGUAGUGGGUUUUGAUUGAGUUGACUGUUUUUAAAAAACUGUUUGGAUUUUAAUUGUGAUGCAGAAGUUAUAGUAACAAACAUUUGGUUUUGUACAGACAUUAUUUCCACUCUGGUGGAUAAGCUCAAUAAAGGUCAUAUCCCAAACUUAGCUGUGUUUUAAAUUUGCUUGACUGUAAUAGGAAUUUA